GACAGAGAGAGAAGAGCUCUCUUCUGUUACUCACAGCCCAUAUGGCCUUCAUCAGUACAUCACCCAUCUCCCUCUGUGUCCUCUGCUUUCUCGUUUGUCUCUUUGUCUCUCCGCACAACGGAGACGCCCGCCCAGCAUUCGCCUGCGACCCACGAAAUGGGCUGACGAGGAACUUACCCUUCUGCCAGGUAUCUCUGCCGAUACCCGACAGGGUGAGGGAUCUCAUUGGGCAGUUGACGUUGCAAGAGAAAAUAAGAUUGCUGGUUAACAACGCAGCCGCGGUGCCGAGGCUGGACAUCGGGGGUUAUGAGUGGUGGUCGGAGGCGCUCCACGGUGUCUCCAACGUUGGCCCUGGAACCAAAUUUGGUGGAGCUUUUCCUGGAGCUACCAGUUUCCCUCAGGUCAUCACCACUGCAGCAUCCUUCAAUGUGUCCUUGUGGGAACAAAUUGGACAGGUGGUGUCAGAUGAAGCGAGGGCCAUGUACAACGGAGGGAUGGCCGGUCUGACGUAUUGGAGCCCAAAUGUCAACAUACUCAGAGAUCCAAGGUGGGGUCGGGGACAAGAGACUCCCGGCGAGGAUCCCAUUGUAGCCGGUGAGUACGCGAUCAGAUACGUUAGAGGACUCCAAGGAAACGACGGUAACCGAUUGAAGGUUGCCGCCUGUUGCAAGCACUACACAGCCUACGACCUUGAUGACUGGAAUGGCGUCGAUCGCUUCCACUUCAACGCCAAGGUGAGCAAGCAAGACCUGGAGGACACGUACAAUGUGCCGUUCAAGGCUUGUGUGUUGGAAGGGAAUGUAGCUAGUGUGAUGUGCUCCUACAACCAGGUCAAUGGCAUCCCAACUUGCGCUGACCCCAACCUUCUUCGCAAUACUAUCAGGGGUCAGUGGCGCCUUAACGGAUAUAUCGUUUCGGACUGCGAUUCUGUCGGUGUCUUUUUCGAUCAACAGCACUACACCUCAACACCAGAAGAAGCAGCCGCAGACGCCAUUAAAGCAGGUUUGGAUUUGGAUUGUGGGCCUUUCCUCGCUAUUCACACGGAAGCGGCCAUAAGGAAAGGCAUGUUAACCGAAGGGGCCGUUAACGAUGCUCUAACCAACACCUUAACGGUCCAGAUGAGGCUUGGGAUGUUCGACGGUGAGCCGUCGGCCGAGCCCUUUGGCCACCUCGGCCCAAUGGAUGUUUGUACGCCGGCCCAUCAAGAGCUAGCACUGGAAGCUGCUCGACAAGGCAUUGUUUUGCUCAAGAAUCAGGGACCGUCGUUGCCACUGUCUAGAAUCCGCCACCGUACAGUAGCGGUUAUCGGGUCCAAUUCUGAUGUCACAGCAACCAUGAUAGGCAACUACGCAGGUGUUCCGUGUGGAUAUACUACUCCCCUGCAAGGGAUUGCGAGAUACGCCAGGCCCAUCCACCAAGCCGGGUGCAUUGACGUGGCCUGCAACAGUGACCAGCUAUUCGGUGCGGCUUUGGACGCGGCCCGUCAAGCGGACGCAACGGUGCUAGUAAUGGGACUAGACCAGUCCAUCGAGGCAGAAGCUAGAGACAGGGUGGGACUACUCCUACCGGGACGCCAACAAGAGCUCAUAUCUAAGGUCGCCAUGGCCUCCAGGGGUCCCACUGUGUUGGUCUUAAUGUCUGGUGGGCCCAUCGAUGUGUCCUUUGCUAGGGACGCCCCACGUAUCCCUGCCAUCUUAUGGGCAGGGUACCCUGGCCAAGCAGGAGGGGCUGCAAUUGCCGAUGUGUUGUUUGGAACAACCAACCCAGGAGGCAAGCUGCCAAUGACAUGGUACCCACAGGACUACGUGGCUAGGUUGCCAAUGACGACCAUGGACAUGAGAUCUGACCCAUGGAGAGGGUACCCAGGCAGGACCUACAGGUUCUACAAAGGCCCAGUAGUGUAUCCCUUCGGGCACGGAAUGAGCUACACCAACUUCGUAUACACCAUCGCAGACGCCCCGGCCAUGGUCACAGUUCCCCUCCGCGGCCACCAGGGGAACUCCAGCACCUCAGGCAAGGCAAUCAAGGUCACACACGCCAAGUGCGAUGGGCUGUCGGUCGUCCUCCACGUUGACGUGAAGAACGCCGGCUCCAAGGAUGGAUCGCACUCGCUACUCGUCUUCUCGUCACCUCCACCGGCCGAACAUUGGGUGCCCCAGAAGCAACUAGUAGCUUUUGAGAAAGUCCAUCUCCCAGCAGGCUCUCAGCAGAGAGUUCAGAUCACCAUACAUCUCUGCAAGUUUCUUAGCGUCGUUGACAAGCUUGGAAUUCGAAGAAUUCCUUUGGGCCAGCAUGUUCUUCACAUAGGCAAUAUCCAUCAUUCCAUCGUUCUGCGAGCAGCUUAGUUGGGGGGGUGAUGGCAACUAUGUCGUCCUUGGUGUUGGAUGAUUAAGGACAAAGAUAAUUCGUCGUUGCAUGGAGAAAAUCUUCAUCAACAAAUAGAAUAUAUAUAUAUAUAUAUAUAUAUACAGAAAACUGGUAGAUUAGUGGGUAAAAAUGAGUUCUAAUCCAGGGAUCAGAAUAAGGUUGGUCAGUGCUUGGUUGUUGAUUCUUAACAUGAAGAAAGAAGAAAAGCACCAAUUUCGUCGUUAUAUGUCUGUGGGUUGCUCCUAAAAGAUGAGGAGCUCUUCAUUGUUGAAA